UGAACAUUGAACCCUCCUAGAUACCAGCUAAUGAAAUGCUUGGAAAGUGACCCUCUUGACAUCAAAAGUAGUCCCUUUAUGUUUUGGUAUGCUGGCCAUACGUCGCAAAAACCUGCUACACAAACACUGGAAUAGUUGUUCGAGCUCGUGUUUUUAAUUAAUUGCAUAAUAAUAAUAAUAUAGAUACAUUUGGCUACUGUCCACUACCUGAUCAUCUUAUUUGGCACCAACUACCCUAUAUUGAUAAAUAUAAAUUAUCAGCAUGCAUAUAGCUGAAGUUAGUUUCCAAGUUCCAACCAAGAAUGCCAUUGAACAUCACUUGCAAAUUCAAUACUUUUAUUGAGGAGCACAACUUUCUAAGGCUUAUAAAUAGCCCAAAAAAUUCUCCUCUUCUGCUGUAUCAGACAUUCAGAGUUUCAGACUCACAAUAUGCACCCUUCCAUUCAGAUAUACGCCGUUGUCCUCUGCAUCGUACCCAGCUUCUUCAGCUGCAAUGCAGAAGAUGCCAGACCACCCCAGACCCAGAGCAGCCUGGUUCUUGGCCUUAGCCAUGUCAGAUCCCUGUACACCCCAUCACUGACACUAGUGAACUCCACAGGAUACGACUUCUUGGACAUCGUUGAGCCAGUGACAGCAUACACAGACGGCUACCUGCUGUCCCUGAACCUCGGCACGCCCCCGCAGGUGUUCCAGGUGUACCUGGACACGGGGAGCGACCUCACCUGGGUUCCCUGUGGCAGCAGCGGCUACCAGUGCACGGAGUGUGGCGGGUCCUCAUCCGUGACGCCGCCGCCGACCACGACGUUCCUGCCGUCCGAGUCCUCGUCGAACGCGAGGGACCUCUGCGGGAGCCGCUUCUGCGUGGACGUCCACAGCGCCGACAACAGGUUCGACCCGUGCGCGGCUGCGGGGUGCGCCAUCCCGGCCUUCACCGGCGGCCUGUGCCCCAGGCCCUGCCCUCCCUUCUCCUACACGUACGGCGGCGGCGCGCUGGUCCUCGGCUCCCUCUCCAGGGACUCGGUGACGCUGCACGGGAGCAGCGGCGCCGGCGGCCCUCUCCCCGUGGCCUUCCCCGGCCUCUGCUUCGGCUGCGUGGGCAGCUCCGUCAGGGAGCCGAUCGGCAUCGCCGGGUUCGGCAGGGGCGCCCUGUCCCUGCCGUCCCAGCUCGGGUUCCUGGGCAAGGGCUUCUCGCACUGCUUCCUCGGCUUCCGGUUCGCGCGGAACCCCAACUUCACCAGCCCGCUGGUGAUGGGCGACCUCGCGCUGGCGUCGUCGGCGACGGACGGCUUCGUCUUCACCCCGAUGCUGACGAGCGCCACGUACCCGAACUUCUACUACGUGGGCCUGGAGGGCGUCGAUCUAGGAGGCGGCGGCGGCGGCGCCGUUGCCGCCGCCGCCGCCGCCUCGCCCAGCAUGGGCGGCGUCGACGCGCAGGGCAACGGCGGGGUGCUGGUGGACACCGGGACGACGUACACGCACCUCCCGGACCCGUUCUACGCGUCGGUGCUGUCGUCCGUCGGCGCGGCCGCGCCGUACGAGAGGUCCCGCGAGCUGGAGGCGCGGACGGGGUUCGACCUCUGCUUCAGGGUCCCCUGCGCGCGCGCGCCGUGCGCGGACGACGAGCUGCCGGCGCUCAGCCUCCGCCUCCGCGGGGGCGGCAGGCUGGCGCUGCCCAAGCAGAGCAGCUACUACCCGGUGACCGCCAUCAGGGACUCCGUGGUGGUGAAGUGCCUGCUGUUCCAGAGGAUGGAAGACGGCGACGGCGGGCCGGCGGCGGUGCUGGGGAGCUUCCAGAUGCAGAACGUGGAGGUGGUGUACGACCUGGCGGCGGGACGCGUCGGGUUCCGGCCGAGGGACUGCGCGCUCCACGCCGCCUAGUGGUACGUGCGUGCGUGGAUGAUGCUAGCUGCUGAAAAUAAGUUACGUCCCGUCCUUGUCGGUACACGACCGGACGGUGCGUGCAGGCGCUAUCUGUUUGGUGGGGUGGAUCCGUACG